GUUGUGUGUGUACCAUAUAUUACUUCACCCAAAUACACGAAUUCAUACCCUUCUCACAGUAGCUCUUUCUGUACUCACUUGGACGUAGAGGCGCCAUCUAACACCGCCGAAUCACAUUAAUACUCCAGAGGCAGCUACAUCAUCUUCCGACCCAGCGAACAAUCGUAACAGCCAGACCAAAUCCCCCAGCGCAGCGGGUGUGUGCUGUGUCCAAAGAUUCACGGCCAUUCCAAUCUGCCCCAACUUACAACAAAACAACGCAGUUUGUUCGCCAUAAACUUGGAGCAGGGCGCCAUUACUGAGAGAAAAUACACCUGUUUGCAGGACGUAUUUUACAAGCAGACUCAGUUCGACGGUUUAUAAAGCUCUGAAGAUGCCUCACCCAGAUGGCGACUCGUACCUUGAGUCACAAAACCUGUCGCAGCCUAUCGCCGAAUACAGGGACGCCCCAAUUGCAGUCCAUGCCUCUUAUUACCUCCAAAAAUUCUUAGAUACCCCGCCAUCGGCCGAACCUCUUCUCUCUGCCAUCGGUGGCUUUCCUCUCGCAAUCAGAAUACACAUAAAUGCAGACCUUGACCAGUGGCAAAAGCAUGGCAUUACGCCCAGGUUCUAUUUCGAUGGCCAAGCCACAGUUGGGUUGGAGGAGGUGGCUAUGAAGGACGCAAAGUCGUCAAUGGAGAAGAGUAACGCUGCAUGGCAGCCAUACUACCAGAACCAGCCGACAGAGGCUGUCAUCGCAUUUGGCAAAACGGGAUCCGUCAAAGCCAACCACCUACAACGCUAUUUCCAACAGAUCUUAAUCGAGCGCGGUCUUACUUUCGAAGUAGCUCCAUAUAGUGCUUGCGCCCAGAUGGCAUAUAUUGACUCGAAGGAUCUCGACUGUGCUGUGGGCAUCAUGGGGCCUCCAGAGCUCCUCCUAUACAACAUCAAUGAGUCUCUCAUAACAGAGAUCGAUUUCGAGAAAGGGCUUGUUUAUGGCCUCGUCAAGACGCAACUGCUUAAAAAGCUCAACGUUAAUGAGGAGACCUUUAUCGACUCUUAUUUGAUGACUGGGACACCGUCUCUCCAGCCAUUUCCAGCUCUCAACGACCCUGCAGUUGUGCCCAAGCAGCCGUUUACAAUCUUGGAUGCGGUUAACAUGUACCGCACGGCUGGAAAGUCCAUCGCAAAUUUGUGUGAAACCUGGAGCGAGGCCUUGCAGAAACAAGAUCCUAACUGGCAAGACAAGUAUCAGAAAUGCCGCAUGGCCAUUAAACAUGCUGUUAUCUUGUCCACAAACGGCACCCUAGAGGUCAUGAAAUUCAACGAAUUGAGCGGGGACCAUCACGAGUACAUCGGCCUUCAACUAGCCUCGGAAAUUUACCAUUAUCAAAGCAAGGCACUCGUUGGGCCAAGAGUCUUGAACUCCUUAGGAUCCCUUCGAAUGUAUGUCUAUCCGCCGCUGGAUGGAGGCGAGUCGGAUGAGUAUAGAAAGCUGGUUACUCAGCAGCUCGUACCUAUUCAAGAGCAAACAAUUGCUCUUUACGCGAGCAGGUUGCACAGGGCAUUUCAGCACAAAAAUAUCGAGAUGAAGUUUUGGUACGACGACAAGAAGACUGUGAAAAUGUCCCACCAAGAUGUCACACCUGCCCCAGAUCGCCAAGCCGCCACGUGGCGUGUUGACGACGAGACCAUUCAAAGUCUAAAGGAUGUGAAAGCACAGCCAGGUUCCAUCGGAUUUGCCUUGAAAGCUUUGGAGGAUGAAAAUUUCCGAAAGGCGACAUUGAAGAAGGAUACCCCAGCCAAGCCCGGCAGUAUUGUCUCCACCGAAUCGGUUGUAGCUAACACUCUCUGGCGAUUUCUUCACCUGAGAGAGUACAUUAAUGACGAGCACAAGCUCACUGAUUGGGGAAGCGCAUUGGCAACUACAGUGCGUGCACUUCCGACGCCUAACCAAGAAGAGGCAGCAUUGCUUGCGUUCGAGCUUCUGCGUCACGACAUUCUCAAUGCUCGUAAUCGCCACGAUGAGUGGAUUGGAGGCCCAAACAUGGGCAACGAUGAGCAGAAUAAGCUUUGCCUCCUCAUCGCUCGCUGCGCCUGUCUUCUCAAGCUCCGCCAUAAGGAGAUCGGCUUCACUGGCCCCCUUAGUAAAAACCUUCUGGCACAUCAUUCCAUUAUCACUGCAGUGCGGGAAUGUGACCGUGACUUGAUCGAAGCUGUCGCGGCGUCAAUGUUCAUAAGUUCCCAUGCUGAACGCAAGAAUCGCACGGACUGGGAGAAAAUCGGUGCCAGCCUCCUUUUCGGCGAAGAUAUCAGCAUCGCGUUUGGCAUCACAGUGAAGACAUACCUCGACGAGCAACACCAAGGUCACUCCUCGGCAGAAUUGAAGGCCCGAGAAAAGUCUCGAUACGAGAAAUGGCCGAUUGCUCACGCUGAAGACAUCCUGGGCGAUCUCGAGCUGGCAUUCAAAUUUUUCGACUCGCUUCACGCGGGUGUUAAAUCUUUGGGGGCCAAAGUGGAGGAUCAAGAUGUCUGGGAAAGUGCGGCGAAGUACUUGGCUGAGCGGCGUUGAGCCUUGUUUCCAAGCUUACCUCCUCCUGCCUAAUGGUUUAUGAUACAGCGAGCAGCGAGCAUUGUGCGAAUCCUUGCAUUCUGGCGUUUGUAGGUGGCAGGCGUUGACAUCAUCCGCCCACAAGGAGAUAUCAAUGGACACGAGGGAAACAGGAUCUUUGUAACCAUAGUGAAUAUACAAAGUCACCCCACCCCCAUAAUUAGUCCGUCCUAUGGAGAUCUAUCGGCUUGUAUUUGUGUUUUGGGUUGUCAUGCAAGGGAG